AUGGAGGUCCUCACCGUUUCCCGCGAAGCAUCAACUCCUCCCGUCUCGACUCCUCCAAUCCCACACCAAAACCCCCGGAAACGCAAGCAUGCUGUACUCGUACACACCGCAGCAUCGUCGCCAGCCCCCUCAGACCCAGGUGCUACCCCAGGGCCAGAAAACCUUGUGCUCAGUUCGCGACACGCCGACCUAGCAUCCCGACCACGACUUAGCAUCUCGAGACACCCCGGAUUUGUCCCAGUCGGGCACAAUUCCGAGUUUUAUACAACGGAGCCGCUUUGCUUCAACCGUCUCAACUUCCGCUAUACCCCCGCUGGACUCACACCGCCCGAAUCUACCCUGCCUUUCCGCACUAUUGAGUCCCACCCAACCAAUUUUCGAGUGUCAUGGGAAGACCGGAGUCCAUUCAUCAAGGUCACGCAGGAUGGGUUAGGGUUGCAGGGCGAGAAGGGCUUCCGGAGCGCGCGCUGUAACGCGCCCGUUCGCGAGGGUCGGUGGUACAUGGAGGUGAAGGUCGAGAUUGGCGCGGGGGACAAGCCGCCGGGGCUAAAGCGCGCAGAGGGUAGUCACGUCCGCCUCGGGUGGGCGCGCCGCGAGGCUGCGCUGAACGCGCCAGCGGGCUAUGACGGGUACAGCUAUGCGGUGCGCGACAAGACCGGCGAGAAGGUGCACCUGUCGCGUCCACGUCCAUACGGGCGGCCAUUCCGGACAGGGGACGUCGUGGGGAUGUACAUCUGCCUACCGCCGCGUCGGAAACCAGAGCGGCGCGACCCGUAUGACCCCGCGCACGUCCGGCGCGAGCGCAUCGCCAUCGAGUUCAAGGGCCAAGAGUACUUCGAGUCGCUCGAGUACGCGCAGGCGAAGGAGAUGGUCGCGCUCAUGGACGCGAGCGACCGCGCGAAGGCUACGAACGCGACUUCCCUCCCUUCAUCCUCUACGAAGAAGUCCGCGACGGUGAAGAACCUCCCGUCGACGGCGCGCGGGAAGGGCAUCGCGCCCGAGACCACGCCUAUGCGCCCGGUGCCGACGCUGGGGCCGGAGUCGUACAUUGCAUUUUUCGUCAACGGGGAGUGCCAGGGCAUCGCGUUCCAGGACCUCUACGACUACCUCCCUCUGCGCACCCCGCCAAAUAAAGCCGAGCAGAAGAAACGCGCGAACAAGGAGGGGCUGCGCGAACACAAGGAGAACCCGUUCGACGACGGCACCCUCGGGUACUACCCCAUCAUCUCCCUGUUCAACGGCGCACAGGUGCACAUAAAUCCAGGCCCAAACUUCGACAUCCCCCCACCUCCGGAUAUCGAUGCUGUCGUCGCGAACCCGGGCGAGGUCGAUAUUAAGCCUAGGCCAGAUAUCAAGCCGACUUGGCGACCUAUGUGCGAACGGUAUAGCGAGUACAUGUCCGAACAGUGGGCGUUGGACGAGACCGAGGAGAAGGAGGCGCGGAAAACGCACAAGCCGGAAGUCGAAGACGAGCACGUUCACCAAGAGAAGAAAGAGCUGCGCAACGCGAAGCGCAGGGCACAAGCCGCCGCCCGCCGCGAGCGUAAAAUCGCGCAGCACCACGACGGCGAUGCCGCGCCCAAAAAAAGCAAGCUCUCGUCGGAGUGGCCCUCGUCCUCGAUGUACCUCCGCAACGACCCCGUCGCGUUCGACUAUGGCGGGCCGAUGCUCAUCCCCAGCGCGGACACACCCAUCGUUGACGCUGCGACCCCGGACAUGCGCGAGGGGAGCGAGCGGAUACCGUCGCCUGCGCCCACGGUCGCGUCUAGCAUCGAUGCGCAACUGGCCGGCUUGGCAGGGUAUAACGAUACCAGCGCGUACAACACGGACUACGAGGACGCCGACCUUCUAGGCCAUGACGGCGGUGUAGAGACAGAUGGGGACAUCGGGAUGGACGAUGCGGAAACGCGGGAGUUUAUUGAAGACGCUAUAUCGUAGUACGCAGCACCCGGACAUAGCAUGAGGCGAGCAACCAAGCUAGGACUGCAUAUUACACGAAAGCUUGUGCGGAU